AUGUCUGCCGGUCACUCAGAGCCUCAAGUGCUCUUCAGUGUUGGCGAUAUUGCCGCCUAUGCUGUUCAGAAUGGCGAGGAACACCUGAUUACUACCAGUGGACCGCAGACGCUGUCCUUACUCAUGGUGCCCACUGCAUCACCGUUUGCCGACUUGUCAUCCACCGAACCAUCCAGCUCAGCCCCCGAGGAGGACUUCUAUCUACAUCUCCAUCUCCCACCAGAGCUUGACCUACCUUUGCCUGCAAGCACACAAGUUUACCACAAACCACCCAGCAGUUACCUUAUCCCGCGAUGGGAUCUAGGCCCCGAUGCUGGCGCUUUCAUCCGUAUCCAGUUCCCUUCGGUUGGCACUGGCCCUGGGAAAGUGGCCCAAGAAGAGGUCGACACUUUCGAAACCAUUCUUGCCCAAUGUACCGCAUUUCUUGAGCGGGCCAGUGCUCCUCCCAAGGGGUUCAAACAAUAUGACCCGCAAGAGUACCAACCCGGUGAGGGUUAUGUUGGGUCAUCAGGAGGUGGAAAAGAACAAGCAAUUAUCCCACAUCAACAUGGGCAGAUUGUCCUUAUUGAUGAAGAGAAUGGCAGUGUCAUUGGUGAGCUCCAAGACAGUUAUAACGUGGUCGAGUCAGCCAAUAUCAAGCCAGGAUCAAAGACCCCCGUUCAAAUCCAGCUGCCUGAAGAAGGACAAGGAAACCAGAUACGAAUUGACAAUGUGUCCGACCAUUACCUUGAGAUGGCAAAACAUCCAGCAUAUGCCAAGUCUACUAUUGUGCAAUCUUCAGCGACUGCAUCAAGGCUGUUAGUUACGGGUUCGACCUACAUUGCAAAGGCGAUGACAUCGGGCGCGGACAGUUUUCAGAAGAAGACGCAGCCUAAUCCCAAACCCAUGACGUUUUCCCCGACCACGCACGAUCGAAUCCGACAGAUACAUUCCUUCACACAAGGAGCGGUUGGGAUCAGUGCGAAGACAGUGGGCCAGUUGGGACGAUAUGCUCAGAACUUUGGAGCGUCACUUGCACGCAAAGGAGAGCGAGCCAAGAAGGAGCCCGGCAAGGAUUAUAAGCCAGGAGUGCUCAACAAAUCUAUGAUAGCCUUUUCGACCAUUGCGGACGGCAUCGACCAUGCUGGACGUCAACUGCUGGCUUCCAGUUCGGUUGCUGCGACUAAUGUGGUUGGGCACAAAUAUGGUCCAGAAGCUGGCAAAGUUGCAUCUGGGUUGGCAGGUGGUGUCAAGAAUGUUGGCUUGGUAUAUAUUGACGCGAUGGGAGUGUCCAGACGAGCGGUGAUCAAAUCAGUGGCCAAAGGAAUGGUGGUUGGUCGAAUGCCCAACGGACAACAGCUGAUAGUUGGUGGAGGCGAUGGCGGAGUCGUGCCAGCGGAGGCACGCUCAACGGGAGAGAAGCGAAGCGACAGCUAUUCUUCUGACUUAUAUGGCGGGUCGUCGCAGCCGGGAGUUAGCCAACCUGGAUAUGGGGUGGAAAGCUAUGGCAAUGCGGCUGCACUCCCGCCAGCAUAUUCCUAUUCCUCCGGAGUGGGUGAGCCGAUGGGAUCGGCAUUACAAGGGCAAAACGUUCGAGAAAAGAGAUAA